UAGUUCGGUUCUUUCCGUCAUUCUGUCGCCAUCCUCAAUAAAGAAGAAAACUGGAACAAGGCUGGUACAAAUUCUGAUGGCAACCAUUUUAAUCUCAUAAUUACUCCGACAGGAAUAAUUAGACUAGUAACUGUGUCUACAUUUUCUGUCCUGGACGUAUUCCAGCGAUCUAAAGAUAUCUUCGAGGGAUGAGUUCCCCGAUUUCCAGUCUGAACAGCCUCUUUUCCUUCACAAGUCCAGCUGUCAAACGGCUGCUUGGAUGGAAACAAGGAGACGAGGAAGAAAAAUGGGCAGAAAAGGCUGUUGACUCUCUCGUGAAAAAGCUGAAAAAGAAAAAGGGUGCACUUGAAGAUCUUGAAAAGGCUUUGAGCAGUCCAGGACAAUCAAGUAAAUGUGUGACCAUUCCCAGGUCUCUGGAUGGCCGCCUUCAAGUGUCCCACAGGAAGGGGUUGCCUCAUGUUAUAUACUGCCGUGUGUGGCGCUGGCCUGAUCUACAAAGUCACCAUGAACUGAAACCACUUGAAUGCUGUGAAUACCCAUUUAGUGCUAAACAGAAAGAAGUGUGUAUAAAUCCAUACCACUAUAAACGUGUAGAAAGUCCAGUGCUUCCUCCAGUUCUAGUCCCAAGAUACAGUGAGUUUCCAGCUGGCACAGUAUCGAUGCCACCAUUUCAGCAGGUUUCUGAGCCAGCCAUGCCACAGAAUGUUAGCUUCGACCCCAAUGGGUUUCAUCAACCAUCUCAAGGGCCACACUCGCCCGCCAGUUCAGGUGGGCCAGGCAGUCCAUAUGGAUUACCAGCUGGCACUCCGCCGCCAGCCUACCAGCCACACGAUGAUAACUCCCAGAACAUGCAGCAUACUAAUCAGAACAGAAACCCUGUUAGGGGUCCCCAACAACCAACUCCCAUGGACACCAUGCCUACACCUACAGGUAUCGGUACCAAAUACCUACAGCCAGUGACAUACCAGGAACCGCAAUACUGGUGCUCCAUAGUGUAUUAUGAGCUGAACAACCGUGUAGGAGAAGCUUUCCAUGCUUCUCAGACCAGCAUUGUCGUGGACGGAUUUACAGAUCCCUCCAAUAAUGCAGACAGAUUCUGUCUAGGUCUCCUCUCCAAUGUCAACCGCAACUCCACCAUAGAGAAUACUCGCAGGCAUAUAAGUAAAGGAGUCCAUCUGUACUAUGUGGGGGGUGAGGUAUUUGCAGAAUGCUUGAGUGACAGUAGUAUAUUUGUUCAGAGCCGGAACUGUAAUUACCAUCAUGGCUUUCACCCAACAACAGUGUGCAAGAUACCGCCAGGUUGCAGCUUAAAAAUAUUCAACAACCAGGAGUUUGCAUCUCUGUUGAGUCAGUCGGUCAACCAUGGUUUUGAGGCAGUGUAUGAACUCACGAAAAUGUGUACUAUUCGCAUGAGCUUUGUCAAGGGUUGGGGCGCUGAGUACCAUCGCCAGGAUGUCACAAGCACCCCGUGUUGGAUCGAAAUACAUCUCAAUGGACCCCUACAGUGGCUGGACAAGGUGUUGACCCAGAUGGGCUCACCGCAUAAUCCCAUUUCUUCAGUGUCCUAAGUGCAUCAUCAGCACAUAUAAAACCCAGGUCACACAGAAAUGAGAAAAACCUCCAAACAAAAUCAACAAAAAGGACUAAUCUCAAGACUUCCUCUGGAAUGUGAUCUGCAUUUUUGUUGCAUAUGUGUAUUUCAUUGUAGAUAUUAACCUGCGUAAAUGAUUGUGAAUGGUUUGUUCCCACUUUCUUCAAAAUUAUAUAGAAAUACGCUAAGUUACUAUAAAAGAAGAUAAAGUUUUACAUCAAGAAAGGUUGCAUACCAUUGUCAGUAGAGGUUGUAGCGACACCUGUGGUCAAACCUACACAUAUUGAUAUAAGUGUGUAGGAUUUCUCAACAAGGUAUGUUAACCCUUUCAUCCCUUGGUAACUUAAGUAGACUCUACCAUAGCUUUAUCUGGAUGAGUCCAUUGUGGUCCA